AUGCAAUCACUUCAACCACAACAAGUUCCACAACAACCUCCACCUGUCAAUAAACCAAGACCAAAUGCAAAUGCAGUGCCAGCAAUUUCCUACCAACCUACCGAUGUCACCAUAACUCCUGAAUUGUAUGACAAAGUAACGAACUUGGAAGAAUACAAGAAGCUAAAGGAAGCAGAAAAGAAAUUAGAUUUACUUAUUGCCAGAAAAUCAUUAGAUUUCCAAGCAAUCCAACAAAGAUCCAUUCAUCCAAAUGAAUAUAAACCAUCUACUGGUACUUUGAGAAUUUUUAUUUACAAUACUUGUGAAAAUCAACCGUGGCAGAAACAAUUAUUACAAGAACGUGGAUUACCUUUACCAGAUCCAACUGCUACUGAAUCUUCAUGGACAUUACGUAUUGAAGGAAGAUUUAUUAGUGAUAAUCCAGAAGAACAAGAACAAAUAAAUGAAAAUUUUAAAUUCAGUUCGUUCUUGUCUGCAAUUUCAGUUGACUUGAUUCCAAAUUCAAACUAUCCUAAUUUGCAAGAAUCACAAUCUCAUAUUGUUGAAUGGAGAGACGAUGGCCCAGCAGCAAAUAAACAUCCAGCUAGUGUUAGUUUUGAUGGAUUGGAUAUUAAAAGAAAUGGAUUUGAUAAUAUACAUGCUAAGAUUGCAUUGUUAGUCAAGAGCUAUUCAAAUAAAUUCAAACUUUCUGAAGAAAUGUCUAGAUUUGUGGGGAAACAGGAAUGUACCCAACAGGAAUUGAUGUAUAUUAUUUGGCAAUAUGUUUUAUUCAAAGGGUUGUUGAAGAAAAGUAGCGCUUACACUGGUGUUCCAGCUGUUGAUACAUCUACUUUACCAAACCCAGCUAAUGAAAAAGAUGGUGUUGAUGAUGAUUUAACUUUAGUUGAAGCCGAUGAUAUAUUAUUUGACUUGUUUAAAGUUAAGUCGUUUAAAUUUCUGGAACUUUACAAAUUAUGUCAACCGCAUUUCAUACCUCGUGAACCAAUCACUCUUGAAUAUGAAGUCAAUACUACAAAAUCAACUACUUUGGGAGAUGUUGUUUUAGAUAUUCCUGUUGAAAUGCCAAUCAAUCUUUCUAAAGCUCAAAAAGAAUUAUUGGAAGUAAAUAAAGUUGCAUUUGAAAACUUGGCCAAGGCCGACUCUACUAUUCAACAGUUGAAUCAAAGAAUCUCAUUAGCCAUAAUAGCUUUACAUAAUGCAAAUCUGAGAGAAAAAUUCUACAGUGAAUUAAGUGAAGAUCCAAUUAAAUUUAUAGAUAACUGGCUCGAAAGUCAAGCUUCUACUUUGAAAGCAUUGAAAAGUGAUGAAGGUUAUGAUGAAGAGGUUGUUAGAAGAGCCAAAUACUUUGAAGACAAUGAACAUCUUCUUAAAGAAAAGAUCGAUCUUAUGAUGAGUUCAAGCAGAUUCUAA